UAAUCCCCUCUUACUUGGUUGAGGGUCCAGUUGCAUACAGGAAUUGUUAUCUGUGUCUCAACUCCAGUGGUUUAACUUUGUGGCAGACAUGGGGAGCUUGUCAAGGUGGUUGUUGACGAGGUUAUGCAUAAGCUUAAGUCGAGACAAAGAAACGUGACUGAUGAUUUGGUUGGGAUCGACAAUCAGUUAUCAGCCAUAAACACUUUACUAGACAUGAACUCCGGUGGCAUGCGGCUCAUAGGAAUUUAUGGCAUGGGUGGUAUUGGGAAAACCACUCUUGCCAAGAUCAUCUUCAACCAACUAACUCCUUACUUUGGAAAGUAUAGCAGUUUCCUUGAUGAUGUACGGGAAAAGUCACAAAAUGAGGGCUUAGUCAAGCUGCAAGAACAACUGUUAUCUGAUAUCGUUAAUUCUAGAGUGGCUCACAACAUAGAUAGAACUGAUUAUGGAAUGAACACGAUUGGAGAAAUACUUGGCAAUAAAAAGGUGCUCAUUCUUCUUGAUGACGUUGAUGAGAACAAGCAAAUUGAGGAUCUAAUUGGGAAAAAUUCUCUGCAUCUUGGAACUAGGAUACUUGUUACCACUAGGAAAAGAAGGGUAUUAAAAAUUAAAGGAUUUAAGUACGAAAUCCUAUCUUUGGAAAUGGAGGCAUUAAAUGAUGAUGACGCACUUCAGCUUUUCUGUAGGCAUGCAUUUGGCAGAGACUCUCCUCCAAAUCCUUACUACAGUCUUUCAAAAGAAAUUGGCUCUACCACAGGAGGGUUGCCUCUAGCUCUUCAAGUAAUAGGUGCAUUGCUUUCUCAUCACAAAGAGCGAAAAUACUGGGAAGAAACAUUGGACAAAUCAAGGAGAACGCCACAUAAGGAUGUCUUGGGAAAGCUGAGGAUCAGCUAUGAUGCCUUAGAGAGUGAAGAACAACAGAUAUUUGUUGACAUCGCAUGCUUUCUCAUCAAUGAGGAGAAGAUCAACCCAAUUUAUGUGUGGAAAGAUUGUGACUUUAGCCCCGAACAUAGUAUUGAUGUCCUCAUCAACAUGUCCAUGAUAAAGGUUUUGGAUGAUAGUAAGUUUUGGAUGCAUGAUCAAUUUAGAGAUCUUGGAAGGGCAAUUGUUCGUCAAGAAAAUCUGAAGCACCCAAUCAAGCGAAGCAGGGUGUGGAAUGACAAUGAUGCCCUUAACAUAUUGAGAUCAACAGAGAGUAAGGAAAAUGUUCAAGCACUCAAACUGCAAGGAGAAAUUUGGGAAGAUGCUCGUGUUAUCGUUACUCCUAACGAGAUUAGACGCUUUCGACAUUUGUGGCUCCUUUGGUUAAAAGACAUAUCCUACGAGGGGGACUUCACAAGUUGUCUUUCAAAAUUGAAAUGGAUUCGAUGA